AUGAAGUUUUUGAAAUUGCUUUUACUUUCUUUUUCGUUUUCUCGAGCAGCUGAGUUUCUUGUGGAGAUCGAUGGGCAAGCGGAUGUCAAUAACUUCAGAGCUGCAGUUUUGCAAAGAUAUCAACUUUCAGUGGUUGGUUUCUCCUUUUGUCCACUUGCCAGGCGAUCGAUUGAACGAUUACGAGAAGUUGAUGCUACCUUUGCGAUUUUCUACCUUGACACGCAAGCUGAUCACUGGCGACGAUGGUGGUAUAUAAUCAGAGUUCUAUCAGGAAAUACAAGACCCAUCAAUAUUUUUAUCAACCAAGAGGCCACAUUUACUGACGAACUUGCAACUGAUGCGAUUACCGACGAAGAACUAAGACAGGCGAUUCAAGCUGACUUGAAAUGA